GGCUCGGGCUCCGGCCCCGGCUCGGGCCGCGGGCGGGGCUCGCAGUCCUGCCGCCGCGGGAGCCGGAGAUGGACCUGCGGGCACGGAGCGCGGGUGGAAGGGCCGUGUCCGUCCUGGCGGAGGAGGCCGGCCGCUGAGCCAGGCGUGUCUGCAGGAGGCUGCCAGGCUGCCGACCCCCGCCUCACCGCCAUGGGCCGCCCGGGCUGACCAGCCAGUUCCUGCCGGAGGCUCCUGGCGGCACCGGGCGGGGGAGACCAUGCCCAGGCCCCCGGACUGCCUGCUGGGGCUGCUCCGGGGCGCCCCGAGCCAGCGGGCCUGCACCCUGUUCCUCAUCAGCUUCAACUUCAUGUGCCUGGUGUCCCUCAUGAUCUACUGGCACGUGGCGGGCGAGCCGGGGGGCCCGGCGCGGCUCUCUAACCUGCCCGCCGACAUCCCCUGCCCCCGCCUGGAGCCCCCCGCGGCGCCCCCCGGUGGCGCCCCGCCCCCCACCAACAUCUUCUUCCUGGAGACCUCGGACCGCACCGACCCCAACUUCCUGUUCAUGUGCUCCGUGGAGUCGGCGGCGCGGGCGCACCCCGAGGCGCGGGUGGCCGUGCUGAUGAAGGGGCUGCUCGGCCGCGGCGCCAACGCGUCCCUCCCGCCCAGCCUGGGCCUCUCGCUGCUGCGCUGCUUCCCCAACGUGCGGCUGCGGCCGCUGGACCUGGCCGCGCUGUUCCGGGCCACGCCGCUGGCCGCCUGGCACGACGCCACGCGCGGCCGCUGGCAGCCCUACCCGCUGCCCGUGCUGUCGGACGCCGCGCGGCUGGCGCUGCUCUGGAAGCUCGGCGGCAUCUACCUGGACACGGACUUCAUCGUGCUGCGCAGCCUGCGCAGCCUCAGCAACGCGCUGGGCGCGCAGUCCCGCUACGUGCUCAACGGCGCCUUCCUGGCCUUCGAGCGCCGCCACGCCUUCCUGGCGCUGUGCAUGCGGGACUUCGUGGCGCGCUACAACGGCUGGGUGUGGGGCCACCAGGGCCCGCAGCUGCUCACGCGCGUCUUCAAGCGCUGGUGCGGCACCCGCAGCCUGGCCGAGCGCCGGGCCUGCCGCGGCGUGCGCGCCCUGCCCCGCGAGGCCUUCUACCCGGUGCCCUGGCAGGACUGGAAGAGGUACUUCGAGGACGUCCGCCCGGACGAGCUGCCCCGGCUGCUCAACGCCACCUACGCCGUGCACGUGUGGAACAAGAAGAGCCAGGGCACGCGGCUGGAGGCCACGUCCCGGGCGCUGCUGGCCCAGCUGUACGCCCGCUACUGCCCCACCACGCACCAGGCCAUGAAGAUGUACCUGUGAGGCCGGCCGGCCGCCUGCCCGCGCCCCGCACCCAUCCGGCCGGAGGAGGGCCCGGGCUCCCUUCCCGGCCCAGCACCGGCCUCGCUGGGACUGGGGGUGCUGCCAGGAAC